ACACUAUCAAAAUUUGGUUGGUAUAAAAACCGGGGCGUACCGUGCGAUAAUCAUUCAGUUACCGACAUCAAUUGAAGCAACAUGUACGCUAAGCUGAUCGUUGCACUGUGCGCUGUGGGCAUGGCCCGCGCUGGCGGUCUCCUCGCAGCAGCUCCAGUGGUUUACUCUGCUCCCAUUGUUACCAAGACCAUCACUCCGGCGGUCUCCUCCGUGUCCUCCUACUCCACACACACCGCGCACGGUAGCCCAGUGACCGCGUACGCCGCUGCCCCCGUCGCCACCUACGCCGCCGCCGCUCCCGUCGCGUACGCCGCCGCCCCCGUCGUCGCCAAGACUUAUGCCGCUCCCGCCAUCGCGACAUACGCCUCUGCCCCUGUGGUGACCAAGACCAUCACCCCCGCCGUGUCCUCCGUGUCGUCUUACUCGACCCACACCUCUCACGGUUCCCCCGUGGCCACUUAUGCUGCCACCCCCGUGGUCGCUAAGGCCUACGCUCCCGUAGCCUACGCCGGUCCCGCCGUGGCCGCGUACUCCGCCCCCGUUGUCACGAAGACCAUCACCCCUGCUGUGUCCUCGGUGUCCUCUUACUCUUCCCAUACUGCUCACGGUUCCCCCGUGGUAGCCUCUUACGCCGCUGCCCCCGCCGUAGCCACUUAUGCCGCUGCCCCCGCCAUCACCACAUACGCCGCUCCCGCCAUCUCCACCUACGCCCACGCCGCUCCCGUCCUGAAGUCGGCUGUGGCCUACUCCGCCGCCCCCGCGGUAUCUCACCUCUCCUACAGCGGACUCGGUGCUCAAUAUGGUUGCAACAUGUACGCCAAGCUGAUCGUUGCUCUAUGCGCCGUGGGCAUGGCCCGCGCUGGCGGUCUGCUCUCUGCCGGUCCAGUGGCCUACUCCGCUCCCGUCAUCACAAAGACCAUCACUCCGGCGGUUUCUUCUGUAUCCUCCUACUCCACACACACCGCGCAUGCUAGCCCCGUCGCCACGUACGCCGCUGCCCCCGUUGAUGCUUAUGCCGCCGCUCCCGUCGCGUACGCCGCCGCCCCCGUGGUCGCGAAAACUUACGCCGCUCCCGCUUACACGACUUAUGCGGCCGCACCCGUAGUCACCAAGAACAUUGCCCCAGCUGUGUCCUCUGUUUCGUCUUACUCCUCCUACACCGCUCACGGUUCUCCCGCUGUGGCCACUUAUGCCGCUGCUCCGGUCGUCGCUCCCGUAGCCCAUGCGUACGCUGCACCCGUUGUGGCUAAGACCAUCGCCCCUGCCAUGUCCUCCGUGUCGUCUUACUCUUCGCACACUUCUCACGGUCCCGCUGUAGCCACGUACGCGGCUGCUCCCGCCGUGGCAUACUCUGCCGCACCCGCCAUCUCCACGUACGCUGCUCCCGCAUUUUCUGUUCAUGCCGCUCCCGCGUACGCUACCUACUCCCAUGCCGCUCCCGUCUUAAAGUCUACUGUGGCGUACUCUGCUGCCCCGGCGGUGUCUCACCUCUCUUAUAGCGGUCUUGGAGCUAACUAUGGCUGUUCAUUAAUUUCCUUUAUUUGUUUACAGCUGGUCGUAGUCCUGUGCGCCGCGGGCAUCGCCUCCGCCGGCAACCUGCUGCACGCCGCGGCUCCCGUAGCGUACGCCUCUCCCGUCUCCUCGGUGUCAUACGCCACACACACGGCGCACACCGCCCCCGUCGCCACGUACGCUGCUGCCCCCGUCGCGUCAUAUGCUGCCGCCCCCGUUGCCUCAUACGCCGUCAAAUCCGUCGCUCCUGCCGUCUCCUACCAGACCAUCUCGACUCACUCCGCUCCCGUCGCGUACGCCUCCCCCGCUGUGGCGCAUUACGCCGCUGCCCCAGUUGUCGCUAAGACUUACGCCGCGCCCGCCAUCUCUACUUACCAUUCUGCCCCCGUGGCUUACGCCAAGACGUAUGCUGCUCCCGCGGUGUCUUACUCUUCCUACUCUUCCCACUCAAACCAUGCUGCACCCGUGGCGUACGCUGCCGCUGCUCCCGUCAUUGCCAAGACCUACGCCGCCCCCGCCGUGCACACCUAUGCCGCCCCUGCUGUAGCUUCUUACGCUGCCCCGGUUGUUACUAAGUCUCUUGCUCCCGCGGUGUCUUACUCUUCUUACUCCACCCAUUCUGCGCCUGUGGCAUACGCUGCCGCCGCCCCCGUGGUCGCUAAGACUUACGCGGCACCCGCCAUCUCUACCUACCAUUCUGCCCCCGUGGCUUACGCCAAGACGUACGCUGCUCCCGCCGUGCACGCCUACCACGCUGCCCCCGCCGUGGCCACUUACGCCGCCGCUCCCGUAGUCAAGAGUGCCGUCACAUACUCCGCUGCCCCGGCUGUAUCCCACGUGACCUAUUCUGGCACCUACGGCAACUACGGCUGGUAAAUUAUCCGAACGAAUUGUUACCAACC